GCAACAUCGAUCCUAUUCAAUACAUGCCGGCCAAGGUCGGCCAGCAUCACUAGAUCCAAAAAUAUGACCAGAACACGACUAAUCUAGUUUCAGAUAGAUAUCAUAAUUGGAGAAGCUCUCAACUGAAAUUUUGAACUCAUCCCAGUUUCCCGACUAUGGGAUCCUCCUUGAGUUGCUGUGGUUCGGAGAAGGUUGAUGAAGGCGGGGCUACUGAAAGUACUGGUGGAGGUAACACAACGUGGAGAAUAUUUUCGUACAAAGAGUUGCAUAUAGCUACAAAUGGAUUUAGCGAUGACAAUAUGCUUGGAGAAGGAGGAUUUGGAAGUGUGUAUUGGGGAAAAACCACUGAUGGUCUCCAGAUUGCUGUCAAGAAGUUGAAAGCAAUGAAUUCAAAAGCUGAAAUGGAAUUUGCAGUUGAAGUUGAAGUUCUUGGGAGGGUUCGGCACAAAAAUUUGUUGGGUCUUAGGGGAUAUUAUGCUGGGGCUGAUCAAAGGCUUAUAGUCUAUGAUUACAUGCCAAAUCUAAGCAUACUUUCUCAUUUGCAUGGCCAAUUUGCUAAUGAAGUUCAGCUAGACUGGAAAAGGAGAAUCAAAAUUGCUAUUGGCUCAGCAGAAGGCCUCCUGUACUUGCACCAUGAGGUAACACCACACAUCAUUCACAGAGACAUAAAAGCAAGCAAUGUGCUCUUGGAUUCCGACUUCGAACCUCUUGUUGCAGAUUUCGGGUUCGCCAAGCUAAUCCCGGAAGGUGUAAGCCACAUGACGACGCGUGUCAAGGGCACAUUGGGUUACCUAGCACCGGAGUACGCCAUGUGGGGCAAGGUCUCGGAAGGGUGUGACGUUUACAGCUUUGGAAUUCUUCUCCUAGAGCUUGUAACCGGAAGAAAGCCUAUCGAGAAGCUCCCCGGUGGAAUUAAGAGAACAAUAACUGAAUGGGCCGAGCCACUAAUAACAAAAGGAAAGUGGAAAGAGCUUGCUGAUCCAAAGCUCAGAGGGAGCUUCGACGAGGCUCAGUUGAAGCAAGCUAUCAAUGUUGCUGCUAUGUGUGUGAAAAGUGAGCCUGAGAAAAGGCCUAAUAUGAUGGAAGUGGUUGAUCUUUUGAAAGGGUAUGAGGCCAAUAAGGCCAAAAUGACACCAAUGAGGAUUGAAAGUAUCAGAUAUAAGGAUGAGCUGGUGGCACUUGACCAAGCUACCGAUGAUGAUGAAGAUGGGGGUGGUGAUGAAAGUAAUGGUGGGUAUGGUGUUUUUAGUGCUAUUGAGGUCCAGAAAAUGAAGGAUCCUUAUCAGAAAAUCCAUGGAGAUAGGAGAAUGACCAAGUAUGUGUAAGAAAGAGAGACUAUGCUACUCCAUUAAUUAUCCUAUAUAUAUUGCUAUGCAUGCCUUUUGGUUACCGCAA